AUGGGCUUGUUCCCGUCUCAAUUAAGAAAUCCGCCUAAAUACAUCUGGGGAUGUAUCCUUUGUUCCGCAAAUGGACUUCUUUUCGGAAUGGAUACGGGCAUCAUCGGCCCUGUGACUGAUAUGACGGACUUUAAGGCCCAAUUUGGAGGUAGUGAAAAUUCUACAAUUCACGGUCUCAUCGUUUCUUGUAUCCUGAUCCCAGCUGCUAUCUCGUCAUUUUUCGCGGGUUAUGUCGCGGAUCUUCUUGGUCGGCCUAAGGGUAUUUGCAUCGGUACAUUCAUCUUUGGUGUUGGUGCUGCAAUCGAAGCGGGCGCUGUUCAUUUAGCUAUGUUCAUCGUUGGUCGCAUUGUGGAAGGUGUUGGAGAGGGUCUUUUCCUUGGAAAUCUGGUGGUUUUGAUUUGCGAAAUCUCACCUAUUCGUACUCGAGGUGCUCUCACAACUGGUCCUCAGCUGGCUUGUACCCUUGGCCUGGUUGUUGGGUAUUUUGUUAGUUAUGGAACUUCUAGUAUCCAGUCUUCCCUCUCCUGGCGCACCCCAUGGAUUCUUUUAUCUGCCAUGGCGAUGCUCACCUGCGCUGUCUCCCUGGUGUUCCUGCCUGAAUCACCUCAAUGGCUUGGACUUCAGGGUCGUUAUGCUGAGGCCGAGGAAGCGUGGGAGAAGCUUGGUGUAACCCUCGCAGAGCGCGAGAAGGUUGAAGCUCAAGUACAUGUACAGGAGAUUCAUCUUGAGACCGAGAAACCGAGCCAGAGAACCAUCGAUAAACUCCUCGAGAUUUUUGAUAAGGAUGUUCGGGGACGCACUACACUUGCUGUGUUCUUGAUGGGUAUGCAGCAAUUGGGUGGUAUUGAUGGUGUUCUUUAUUACGCUCCUGAACUUUUCCAAAAGGCUGGCCUUGCCUCCUCAGAGUCGAGUUUCUUAGCUUCCGGCAUCUCAGCAAUAGUCAUUUUCGCUGUGACGAUUCCAGGACUCCUUUACGCCGACAAAUGGGGUCGUCGAACUAGUAUUAUAUGGGGUGGUAUUGGAAUGACCAUUGUGAUGUUCUUGAUGGGUGGUCUGUAUGCUGGAGAUGCGGUUCAUAAACACUCUGGUGGCGGUCGCUGGAUCGUUAUUAUCUGCAUUUACAUCUAUGCCGCUAUCUACUCCGUCACUUGGGGAGUCACAGUGAAGGUUUACGCUGCUGAGAUCCAACCUCAACGUACACGGGCUUCAGCUACCACGCUGGCACAUUCCAGUAAUUGGGUGUGUAACUUUACGGUUGCUCUGAUCACACCGAUCCUUCUUUCCAAGAGCAACUUUGGAAUAUACUUCCUCUUUGGUGGAUGCUGUGUGAUCACUGUCAUCGUCAGUAUACUUUUUAUGCACGAAACCAAAGGAAGAAACUUCGCCCAGAUCGAGGAAGCGUUCAAGGGAAAGUCGACUCGUGUCAGUGGGACUAUGAAUGGUCAACAGGCGCAUGAGGUCAAUUCUGGAGAUGUUUGA